CCAGCCACAACAGCUAAUGAAAAAUAAUAAAAUUAAUAUGAUUGUGUGGAAAGAUUCCAUAUGUAAUUUUAUGAAGAUUGAUAAGAAUAUAUAUGCUAUUGUCUGAUAUCGGUUAACAUGUUGGUAUAUAAACACGUGAAUAUUAUUCUCAGGUCACAUCAGUUGUAUCUUAGACGUCUAAGAUAAAACUUACCAGGAAGGAAAAUUAUUACCUUCGUGGGCCUAUGGGUGAUGUACAACAGCUUCAUGAUUGUUCAUAUUUAAAAAAACAAACAGCUAGAGAAAAUUCUGAACGUUUUAGAUAUAAUUUAUUAAUUAAUUAUUAUAAUUUUUCAUUUUAUUCGAUUUUACCAGUUAGGUGAAGAAUUGUGGUGAAGAAGAAAAAUAAUAAUAUAAAUUUGUUGUUUACUGCAAUAACCAAUUGGCAAGAUGACUGUUGGCCUUCGUGCAAUGGGGUUAAUGAAGAUAACCCGGAGUCUUCGAAGAAGAAUAAAUGAAAGAAAUGUCAGUGAUGAUUUACUUGCUGAUAUUGAAGAAAAAUCCAGAAGAAUUCCAUUAAAUAUUGACACGAAUAUGUUGAAAAUUGGAUUUGUUGGUGGUGGAAAAAUGGCCCAGGCAUUGGCCAAAGGCUUUAUCAAUGCUGGUCUUAGUAAAGGUGAAAUGAUAAUGGCUAGUUGCUUACCAAGUGACAAAGGAAGCAUCAAUGCAUUCAAGGAAAUUGGAUCAAAAACAGUUUUUACAAAUAAUGCAGUUGCUGAGCAAAGUGAUGUAUUGAUAUUAUCAGUUAAACCACAAGUUGUGCCAAAAGUUUUGCCAGAUAUUCAAGAUCCAAGUAAGCUUAUUUUAUCAAUUGCCAUGGGUAUAUCAAUAUCAUCACUGGAACAGGGCUUACCAAAUGGUACACCAGUUGUAAGAGUUAUGCCAAAUACACCUGCAUUAGUUGGAUGUGGUGCAACAGUAUUUUCAAGAGGUACACAUGCUGAUGAAGAAGCUGCUGAAGUUACAGAAAAACUUUUUUCAUCAAUUGGAAUAUGUCAAGAAGUUGAUGAAAAUUUAAUUGAUCCAGUAACUGCAUUAGCUGGUUCUGGUCCUGCUUAUGUUUAUAUGAUGAUUGAAGCAAUGGCAGAUGGAGCAGUUAAAAUGGGUAUGCCAAGACAACUUGCUAUUAAAUUAGCAGCACAAACAGUUAUUGGUGCUGGUAUGAUGGUACGUGAAACUGGUAUACAUCCUGGACAAUUAAAAGAUGAUGUUGCAUCACCAGCUGGUUCAACAAUUGCUGCUAUUCAUCAUCUUGAAAAAAAUGGAUUAAGAAAUUCUCUUAUUGGUGCUAUUGAAGUUGCAACUCAAAGAUGCAAAGAAUUUAGCUCCAGAAAAAUUUUAUGGUCGUCCAGUAAUUGUUGCUGAUCGAGAAUUAGUAGAAAGUGGUGCUGAUGAAAUUUUAUGUAAAAGUGAUACUGAAGAUGUUGCUU